AUGUCUGCGGGAGAUAUGACACUGGCUUUGCGACUCCGCAGCUUUGAGCACGCUUCCGGCUGUGCCCCGCGCGGCGGGGAGCCGAGUGAGCGGAUGUGGUGGGCUGUGCUUCCGCGGCUGGCGGCAGCAGCAGUGACCUUCAAGGUGGGCCUGCAGGGCGCUACUAGCGGCGUCCAUGUUGCUGGCAGCUUUCAGGGAUGGGACCCGGCAGCCACGGCCUUGCAAGAUGCCGACCUGGACGGGAUCUACGAGACCACCUUGGACAUCCCGGCAGGUUGGUACGAGUUCAAAUUCAUCAAUGGCAGCACCUGGGAUGAGGCGGAGUAUGUGCCGGCGGGCUGCAGUGAAAUCGAGACGGGACGUGGCAAUAGGUACAUCUCUGUGGCAGACGCGGAGGACCAGGAGUACCACGUGUGCUUUGGCGCCUGCUCCCCUUGUGCGGAGCUCGCGAAAUGCAAAGAGCUGAAUUGCCCUGCAGGGUUCGCGCUGAAGGCAGCGGCACUGGAGUCUGUCAGUGACUCAGAGGCUGACUGCUGUGAAGCGAUUGGGAACGACCUGGCCGGCCUAGUGGUGCGUAGUGCCGGCUGGUCGGAUGGAAACCGCGCGGAGUUCUGGCUGAAUGGGGCGCUUCUGUAUGCCACGGGCGAUCGCGGCAUGACAGUCGUGGAGCUUCUGCCGGACAGCACGGUUAAGAUGACAAAGACCUUCGACACCUACGCAGACUCGUCUGGCUUGGAAGCCUAUCUCCCGACGGUUGCAGCCGGCAAUGUCCUCAUGCUCGCCGCUGCUGAUGAAGCAUCUGCAGCCUUCAGUCCAGAGGCCAAGAGUUUGGUGGCCGAGUUCGGAGCCUCGCAGAUUCAGCUGCUGUCCUACAGGAGCUCAUAUGCCUUCAUCGGCCGCAAGACAGAUGGCAACCCAGAGACUUUGGCGGAGGUACUCUUGCCAGAAGGUGGUGGCCAUGCUGUGGCUGUCGCCCGGAUCUCUGUGGCAGUUCAGGAGACUCCAACCUGCGACAUGGGCGGGGCCGCCCCGCCCAUGAGUGGCACGCUGGAAGCUGGGGGCAACCUCUUGCUGGAGGACUGCCGCUACAAAGUGUGGCAGUUCCCAGAUGCUGGUGCCAGCUGCGUCUCAGGAUCUUGGGUAGUGGCAACUGGCUCAUCCAACGCGCUCCUCACGUGGAACACUCUUUUGAUGAUCCUCGCUCCGGCGCAGGCUGGGGAGAUGCGCAGCGGAAGAUUUGGAGGAGCGCACUUGCUGGAUGCUGUGGUUGAAGAUGGAGUCAUCAUUCACUACAAUACCGUUAGAUCUUCCUUGAGCGCUUGCAUUCAGAGCUCUGCAGAUGGAGGAGCGAAUGAGACGGAAUGCAGGCAGGCCUACGCCGAAGCCUUAGCGGAAGCACCAGCUCCGGGCCCACGCAGGACUCGGCUCACCAUGUUCCUCUCCUUCUUCUGGGCGAGGACUGCCACUGCUCUGGGAUUGGUGGAAGCCAGCCAAGCCUGGGCAACCGCGGAGGUGUUCAUGCUGGUGCAAGUUGUGGCGUGGUACGUCGUGUGCAACGGCAUCAAGUUCAACGGAUGUCCGCGGAAGAAUCUGCUGGAGGUGUCCGAGGACGACGCCAUUGACAUGUUCAGGGGCGAAAUGGGGGCGGUGCUUGAUCUCUUGGCGCCUUUUUGCGGCCCAGGCGGACGAGCAGGCGUUCGGGGCUGCGGCAUCGCCACGAAUUCCUGGAGCUCCCCUGGAGCCACGCUGCUCGCCACUUUCGAGCGUUUCAACAAUGAGAUCACCCAGGCCAUGGCACCCAGAAAGACGGCCACAUUUCGAUACCUCGACAUCUUCGCACUUGGGGCCUCGAUGCCGGAAGAGACCUUAUCAGGGCACGGCAGCCAGAUUCUUCAACUUUGGACCUGGCAGGCGUUGCUAGGCACUUUUUGCACGUCCCCUCCUACUGGCCAGCUGGUUCGCUUCGAGGGGCCCUUGUGCUGGCGCGCCGCCUCCACGGACAUUGAGACCUGCAAGUCCUACAGCCAGUACCAGGGCACCUCCCUCUGGCAAUGUAUGAACAGCGUACUUUGCGAGAUGAAGGUCGAGGAUGCUGAAACGACCGAAAUGACCACCACGUCCCUUCCCUUGGUGUUUGAGCCGGUGGAUGGCGGUGAGGACCGAGCCUGCCGAGGAGAGAACGCAGGAGACAACCGGGCAGAGUACUACACGGUGAUCUCUGCCACAUUGGAGAACUGCAAGCAGUCAUGCCUGGACAACGAGGCCUGCGUCGGUGUGGAGUACAGCUCCAACCGCUGCGAGCUGUGGACUCGGCCCAACGGCAUAGGCAGCUCCAUCGCUUUGGCUAGUUUUCUUUGCCUGCGGCUUGCAGAUCGUGCGGCGUCAACAACCACCACUGCGUCCACCACCACGCUCGACUUGUCCGUGCUCUUUGAGCCGGUAGAUGGGGGAAGCGGACAUGCAUGCCGCGGCGCCGCUGCUUCGGACAAUCGGCCGGAGUAUUACUACGUCAUCUCAGGUAUCUACGGGCUGUAUGACUGCCAGGAUGCCUGCGUGCAGGCAGAGACCUGCGUGGGCAUCGAGUAUAGCACCGGCCGCUGUGAGGUUUGGACUCGCGAGCAAGGAAUUCAAGCCAGCAUUGCUCUUGCUGGCUACACCUGCCUCAGUUAUGCUGGGGCAGCCCGCCGGUUGGCGGAGGAAUUCGUGCAGAGAGGCCACUUUUUGUCCAAAGCCGGCAAGUGAGGCGUCGCAAAUAGUUUCUGUCGGGAGCCGUGCGCCUUGAGCCGCCGCUUCUGCAAAGAUUUGGGGACAGGUUGGGGCGGUUUGCCACCA